CUAGAUAGAUGGCGUAAGAAAUGUAAUGUUUUCUGAUUUUCUGUCGGUAUUUCAGAAUAUAUUGCCCAAAGUCUCGUAAGAUGUCACGUUUAUUCUCUUUCUCGUGUUCUGUUAUUAUCAUGCUAACUAGCGUUGCAAUCUUAUUCCAAAUCAAAUCGGUAAUGUUGAAAAUGACGAUAAAAUGGUAUGAAGUUCUAGUAAUUCUCAAUAUAUGGGACAAAAAAUGCAUUGUAUGUUAGGUCUAUUCUUUAUUUCAUCUGUGCUUUUAGGUAACAAUAUUGUUUGUACUUUAUUCAAAAAUUGUCAUGUUUUUUUAUAAUGUAUACGUUAAGAUUAAAUUUUAUUUUUUUAAUAAUUAUUGUUUGCACAAGUAAUUGUGAAGAACAAUAUUGUUCUAUUGGUAGCACAGAAGAUUGUGUUGAAGAAAAAAAUAUUUAUAAAGUUUUAAAUAAACAAUAUAGUAAAUAUUAUAAUGCAAUUGAAGAAGCAGAAAAAGAUUAUAGAAUUUGUAAUAAUACUAACAAUAGUUGUUUCAAGGAUGUUAUUAUAAAUGACCUAAAACCUUUUAAAGAGAAAGGUAUAAAUAAGGAUUUAAUAGAUACUGCAAAAAUUAGAGGAACUUUUUAUCAAAUAAUACAAGGAAAAUUAUAUAGACAAAAAGAUUGUAUGUUCCCUUCAAGAUGUGCUGGAAUAGAAUACUUUCUUUUAAAACUUGCUCCUGGAUUAACAGAUAUGGACUUAGUUAUAAAUGUAAGAGAUUAUCCUCAAUCAAGUAAACAUUUUGGGGAUCCAUUACCUAUUUUUUCAUUUAGCAAGACUUCACAAUAUUAUGAUAUUACAUAUCCAGCAUGGGCAUUUUGGGAAGGUGGACCUGCAAUUUCUUUGUAUCCUCGUGGUCUUGGAAGAUGGGAUGAACAUUGUAUAUCUUUAGAUAAAGCUAGUAAUAACACAUUGUGGGAGAAAAAGGAAAAUAAAGUAUUUUUUCGAGGUUCUAGAACAAGUUCAGAGCGUGAUAAUUUAGUAUUAUUAAGUCGUAAGAAGCCAAACUUAGUAAAUGCUCAAUAUACAAAAAAUCAAGCUUGGAAGUCCAAUGAAGAUACAUUAUAUGCACCUCCAGCUUCUGAAGUUCCUUUAGAAGCACAUUGUAAAUACAAAUACUUAUUCAAUUAUCGUGGUGUUGCAGCAUCAUUCAGACAUAAACAUUUAUUUUUAUGUCGUUCUCUAGUAUUCCAUGUUGGAGAUGAAUGGAUUGAAUUUUAUUAUAAUGCAAUGAUUCCUUGGAUACACUAUAUACCUGUGUCUAAGGAUGCUAAUCAAACAGUAUUAGAAGAAAUAAUACAAUUUGCUAUAGAUAAUGAUGAAAUUUCAAAAAAAAUUGCAAAUCGUGGGAGAGAUUUUAUAUGGAAUAAUUUAAAAAUAUCUGAUGUCAUACAGUUUUGGAAAAAGCUUCUUAAAAAAUAUUCUAAACUUUUAAGAUAUAAGAUCACAUUAGAUAAAAAUUUAAUGAAAAUUGAAAGGAAGGAAAGAUCUUAAUAAAAUUUAUUACAGUAAAUAUUUAAUAUAAAUAAUUUUAUAUAUUUUUUAUUAAAAUGUCUAUUCUUUGUAAAAUAUUAACUAAUAAAAAUAAUUCGAUAAUAAUCAGAUAUUUGCUUAAUUCUUAAAAUAAGCGUUAGUUAAAACGAAUGUAUGAUUUUUUAUUGAUAUACUGUACAAUGUCAGGACAUAGCACAAUGUGGCAAGUUUCAAUAUGAAUCAUUUUAAUGCCCUGACAAAAGAUGUAACACAAAGGCCUUGUACAUUAUAUUAUAUUAUGUAUGUUAUAUUUUUGUAUUACAUACUUUACACAUUUAAAUGUUUCAAUUAUCAUCACAAUAUAAAAUUUUCAUAUAUAUAUUUAAAAAAAAAUUAUUUUUUAUUAUAAAUUUAUAACAAGUAUUAAAAAAUUGUACAAGGCUUUUUUGUGCUUUAUGCAUUCUUAAAUCCUAGAUACAUUAUUAAGUACUUAUUUAUUUAUAACAAAAUUCUGAAAACAUUUCUUAGAAUGCAAAGAAACAUUGUAAUGUCAUUAAUAUUACUAUAAAAAUAUAUAUACAUUAUGUAUUGCAAAUAUUCUAUAUAUUUUUAUUGCAAGAUUUAAUACUUUUUUCAAUUGAUUUUUUUCAUUUUUAAGUUAAACAUUUAAAGAAUAUAAAAUAUAAAAUAUAUAGAAAAAAAUGUGCUAAAAAAAUUUACAAUACAUAGUAUACAUAUAUUUUACAGUGAAUGUAUACAUACUAUAUAUUGUUGUUUUUUAUAUAAUUUUGGUUUUAAAGCAUAAUAUAGUAGAACCUCGAUUAAACAUAGUCUCGAUUAUCCAGUAUCUUCUCUUUGUUACGAAUUUAUUCUAUUUGAAAGUAAAAAAGAGUUGUUAUC